AUGGAAAGUGCAGAGACUUUAUUACAAGCGAAAACUCCAAAAAUUGAUCAUAAUCAAAGUCAACAUACACUUAAUAAUGGAAUUAAUAAUGAAAGUAAUAAAAGUGGUGGUACUUAUUUGGAACAAGGGAAAGUCUACAAGUUUCCAAUAAGUCCAUUAACGAGAUUUUCUGGUCAGUGUGUGACAUAUAAAUUACCAAUUGAAAUAACAUGUUUUAGUUACGAUGGUGAACGUAAAUUACAUCAUGAUGAUAGAGAAUUGGGUGGUGUUGAUAAACAUGUUCAAUCACUUCUAGAAGUUUAUAUCAAUAAUAAUGCUGAAGGUGAAGAUCCCGAUUCUAUUCUUGAAGGUGAUAAUGAUGACAUUAAAGAAUCUGCAGAUGACAUUUUAGCCUCAUGA